AGAAAAGGUCUUCGAGUUAAUCAGUCUCGAGUUCAUCUGGCCUCGCGGCUGCGCUGCGGAGGGUUUCCUAGGCAACCGUUCAACAGCCCCGCGAGGUCCCGCAAGCUGCUGCUGCUGCCGCCAGGCUGUGGGGUUCACUGGGGUCCACCCGGGCCUAGUAUUUUAGAUUAUGACUUCUCAAGAGAAGACAGAAGAGCAUCCUUUUGUGGAUAUAUUUAAUGAAGAUGAAGCUGAACAAAACUUUCUGUUGUCUAAACCUGUUUGCUUUGCUAUAUUUGGAAAACCAGGGGUUGGGAAGACAACCUUGGCCCAUCACAUAGCACAGGCAUGGAAAUGUAUUCGUGUGGAAGCUUUAGCAGUUUUGGAAGAACAUAUUGCCUCUGAGACAACAUCAGGAAAGAUGUUGCAAUCCAUGCUGCUCCAUGGUCACAGCAUUCCAGAUGAACUUGUCACAAAGCUCAUGAUAGAGAAGCUCAACUCUGUAGAAGUCUCUCACUUUGGUUAUAUCAUCACUGAAAUACCAUCACUUUCAGAGCAGGCAAUGACUAUUUUGCAGCAAAUAGAAACGAUUAAAAAUUUAAAAUUGAAACCCGAUAUUAUAAUCAAUAUUAAGUGUCCUGACUUUGAUUUGUGCCAGAGAGUUUCUGGGCAAAGGCAGCACUGUCACACAGGGCACCUGUAUACAAGAGAUCAGUGGGAUCCUGAGUUUAUUGAGAAUCGUAGGAAAAAGAGGAAAGAAGCCCAAAAAGAAAGAAAAGUGGAAGAGGAAGGGGAAGAGGAAGAAGAACAAGAAGAAGAAGAGGCCUUUAUGGCUGAAAUGCAGACGGUGGCUGAAAUUCUUCAACAUCUAGUGCAGAGGCCUGAGGACUAUUUGGAAAAUAUUGAGCAUGUUGCUCAGCUUUAUAAGGAAACAGUUCUUCCUUCUUUAGAAGAAGUAAUGGCUGAACAUAAUUCCCAGUAUCUCAUUGAGCUAGAUGGAAAUAAACUCCCAGAAGAUCACUUCUUAACAGUUAUAGAGCGACUUAAAUAUCUGAACCUAAAAAGAGCAGCAAUUAUAACCAGACUUCAGGGUGCAGAGGAAGAGAUAAAUGACGUAAUGGAAAAUGAAGAGUUGUUCCGUUCUCUUGCAUCUUAUAAACUUAUUGCACCAAGAUAUAGAUGGAAAAGAAGCAGAUGGGGACGUACCUGUCCUGUGUCUUUAAAAGAAGGUAAUAUUUAUCCAGGAUCGGCAGAGUUUUCUGUGAGUUUUCUAGGUAAAAUAUACUGUCCUUCAUCAGAAGCAGCAUUAAAAUCAUUUUUGUUGAAUCCACGCCCCUAUCUUCUUCCACCUAUGCCAAUGCCACCAUGUAAAAUAUUCAUAUAUGGACCUCAGUCUUCAGGGAAAACAACACUUAGCAAUCUGCUUGCAGAACAUUACAAAGGAAAGGUAAUUGAUUACACUAAACUUGUUCAACCACGUUUUGAUAAUGCCCUUGAAAUGUUAAUAAAAGAGACCAUAGCUGCAGCCACUGAAGAAGCUAUUAAAGUUGUGAAAGAACGACUUGCCGUAGAACUACAAGCUAAAAAACUAGAUCAGCCAACUCCAGAAAUAUUUCCAAGAGAAUUUGAAAAGAGAGAUAAUUUUGACUUCCAAUCUGAUGCAUAUAAAAGCUUGGAGGAAUUGGGUUCUGCACGUUAUGAAGAUGCAUUGGCACGUGAUUCCCAAAGAGAAAAUUUGGAAAAUGAAUUAAGCAAAACACUACUAGAAAAUGACAAUCAAGCUGAUAAAACUGACUCAAUAGAAAUGGUAACUGCAGAUCAUCCAGAGGUCCGCUCCAUGAUAGAGGAGACUAUAGCAAUGACAAAGGAUAUGAACUUUGAACAACCAUAUGAAAAAUGUGCUGAAAUCUUAGCGGAAGUAAUCAAAGAAGUAACAGAAGAAAAUAAGAAUAGGUUUGAUGGUGCCCCCAUCUAUGGAGGGUGGAUAUUGGACAACUGCCCUGCUAUUAAAGAACUGUGGACAGCCUUAAAUGAAAAAGGAAUUACACCUGAUUUAGUAAUCAUUUUAUCAAAUGCAGAAAACAAUGGAAAAUAUUUGUUAAAUAGAAUAUAUUUAAAGAAUAAAUCUGAAAUUGACUCCAGUAUUUUAGAAAGAUUACUUGAAGAGCUACAAAAGAAAAAAAGAGAGGAAGAAGCAGCAAGAAAAGCUGCAGAAGAGGCACGGAGACUAGAAGAACAAAAUCAAAGACUAAUAGAUGCUAUGAACGAGAAGGCAAAAGAAGAAGAGAAUGACCCUGAGGCCGAAGAGGAGAUCGAAGGUGAGGAACCUGAAGUUCAAGAAGCAGCUGAAACCCCUGAUGUAGCUGAGGAGACCAAGGGACCUUUACCUGAAGAGCCUGAAAUCUCUGAGGUCCCUGAACCAGAGCAAGAAUCAGGACCUGAAUCUUCUGAGUAUCCUGCAGUUGAAAUAGAAGUUGAAAAAGAAACCAGUGAGGUCCUGGAAACUGAAGAAGAAUUACUUCAAGCAGUUGAACUGCCUGAAUUUCCAGAAGAUGCUUAUCCUGAUGUUCCUGAAAUGGAGCCAUUUAAAGACCAUCUCCAGUCUUUUGUCUCUUCUUGGAGUCUUAUGGAAGCAGCAGUCACUGAAUCUUUUAUUCAAAUUUUAAACUUGGAGAUUGCACAUAAGUCUCCAGAGGAACUAUUUCAGAAAGUAAUCGAAACUAUGGAAAAACCUUUUCAAUAUGCUGGCUGGGAGUUAACUAUUGACGAUUAUGAUGAAGAAGCUGAAGACUAUCAGGCCGAAACAGAAGUUGAGGAGGACUUAGAAGAAGAGGAAGAGGAAGAGGAAGAGAAUGAUGACAGAAUUAAAGAGAAGAGAAGGCAUUUGGGAGAUUCAAAGCAUUUUUGUCCAGUGGUUCUCAAAGAAAACUUCAUCCUACAACCAGGCAACACAGAUGAAGCAGUUAAAUAUAGAGAAAAAAUCUAUUACUUUUCAACUCCUGAGGCUAAAGAAAAGUUUUUGGAGCACCCUGAGGAGUAUGUGGCUCAUAAAGAGCCACUAAAGGCUCCCCCAUUAAGAAUAUGCCUUCUAGGCCCCCAUGGUUCUGGCAAAACUGUCUGUGGAAGACAAUUGGCAGAAAAAUUGGGGAUUUUUCACAUUCAGUUUGAAGAAUUUCUUCAAGAAAAACUAAUGGUCAAACUUGAAAAGAAAGUUGGACUUGAAUAUGAGGAAGAGUCUGAGGAAGAACAAUCCGCAAAAGAAGAAAUUGAAGAGCUUGCACGUCAAGCUAAUAUUACAAUCAAGGAUGACACACCAAAGAAGCCGACUCCGGAAGUACAACUUACUGAAGAAGAAGAAGCAAUCAAAGCAAGCCUAAUGGAAAAUGAGUCAUUGCCUCCUGAAAUUCUUGAAACCAUUCUUUCUGAGUGGUGGCUUAAGGAACCAAUACGUUCCACAGGUUUUAUAUUAGAUGGUUUCCCACGAUAUCUUGAUGAGAUCCAGUUUCUGGUGGAACGUGGGUUUUCCCAGAUGCUGCUGUUUUCAUACAAGUUGAUGAUCAAGAUAUUUCUGAUCGCCUCCUUCCUUCCCAAAUUAAAAAGUGGAAACUGAAACAAAACAAGAAAUUAGAAAGAAAAAAUAUGAUCAAAGAAAUGAAAGCAAAAAUCAAGAAUGAUAUGAUUUCUAAAAGGAGGGCUGAACUCAUAG